AAUAGGGAACUAAAUGAUGAGAAUUUGAUGACAAGACAAAGGGCUGUUAUGUCGCUCUGUGACCACUUGCAUGACCCUGAACACAUUGCAGAAGCUUUAAAAGUUGGGAUAGCAGAAAGUCUAAAAAAGUUGCUAACAGACGCAGAUAUCACUGUCCGACAAAAAUCAACAGAGUGCUUGUAUGUUAUAGGAUGUCAUGCUAUUGGAAGAGAUGCAUUUAUUGAACACAAUAUAAUUCCACCAGUAUCAAAAUUAUUUGAUGAUAAAGUUGAUGUUGCCAGGAAAAAUGCUCAUCAAGCUAUUGAAAUGAUUUCUGAAACACCAUUAGGUGCUGAGGGUAUUGUAAAAGCUGAUUUGAUCGGAACUUUAGUCAUGAAGUUAAAAAGUGAAUUGGAAGAAAUAAAGAAACUUAUAUUAGACACAUUACAUUUCUGUAUGCGUGUGGACACAGAAAAAGCCCUGAAAGCAGAUGCAAUGCAAGUGUUUACCUCCCUUCUUUCACACAAAGAUCCAGCCAUCAGGGCUUGUGCUGCACGGGACAUCAUGGAUCUCAGUGCUCCCCUGGAUGGUAAGAACAAGGCUGUAGAGGUGAAUGCUGUACCAGCACUGGUUGGUCUGCUAGAAGACAAAUCGCCUGAUGUUAAAGCUAAUGCUGCAGGAGCUCUUAUGAUAAUCACAAUAACAACAAAGGGAAAGUACACAGCAUUAGAUGCGAAAGCAAUACCACCACUUGUCUCCCUUGUUGAUGAUCCUACCAGUGAAGUGAGGGCAAAUUCUUUAAAGGCUUUAACAUGUUUAUCAGAGGCUCCAGAAGGCAGAAGUACACUGUUACAACAUGUUGACAAGAUCAAGAAACACCUUACUGAUGAGAUUCCAGCUGUUGCACGAGCUGCCCAGAUCGCUGUUCGAGUCAUCGAAUGGAAACCAUAGACGUUCAUUACUUCUCAACAUAUUUUCUUCAUCCAUUUGUACACACCUCAUAAAUAUGGACAUUAAAUUUUUAACUUUUUUGAGGCAAUGAUACUGUCAAAAGAUAUCCUAAUAUCGUUAUUCAAUUAUAAAUUAAUAUUCACAUCAGAGUGUGAAAUGAAAGUUGCAAGAUUUUAAUUUUCGUUGAUCUGUGAAAAUCAUGUUUUUGAUAUUUUUAAGUGAAAUAACAGGUGACACACAUUGGAAGUAAGGACACCUUUUUUACAAGCCACUGAACAUGUUAUAAAAUUAACUUUUUCUUCUUUUUUAUCAAUGUGUUAAAAGUUGUGUUACCAAUUGUUAUUUGUAUAGCAUAAACUGUUGUUAUUCAAAUGUCAAACAUCCAUUUUUAUAUGUAAAAAACAACUGUUUUAUUUACGUUAUGAGAAAAAAAGAAGCUUUUUUAUCUAAUAUAAGAGAAUUAACUUUUUCAUUUACCAAAAGAAAAAAUACUGAAGGUUUUAUUGCAAUUUUUUUUUCCAGUUUUUAAUUUUCACAAUAGAUGAAAUCAUUUAUGAAAUUGUAUGUUUUAACUUUUUUUUGCCGGUAUACAUGAGAAACUUUUGUUCUUCAAGAAAAAAUAAAUUUAUUUGUUAUGACAUAGAUUAAAAGCUUUUUUUUACAAUGUUUUUAACAUUUAAAUAUCAUGUUUUUAUGAUUCUACUUGUUAAGAUGUGUUAUGAAUUUUUUGUUUUAGUCUACAUGAGUGUCUGCAUUAUCAACAUUUUUUAUUUUACUGAAAUUAGUACUGUAAACUAUCUGUGAUAACUAUAUACAUGUAUAAAAUAUUGUUUUUGAAAAAUGAUACAAAAUAAAGAUAUUUAUAAAGUUAAAA